AUGGCUACUCACGUCUUGACCUCGACCAACCUCCCGGCCAACCAGAUCUCGGUUUAUGGCCAACCAUCGCCGACCAACUCGUCCACCAACUCGGUCCACAAUUCGGCCUCCAAUACUCCUACCAAUAAUUCUCCCACUUCGCCGCAACUCACCACGGCCUCUCUGCACCAGCUCCCGUUGCAGUCCCGCCAGCUGCGUCCGCCCAAGGGCCCUCUCUAUGUCCCGGCUGCACUCCGCCCGACCGAGCGCCCUCAGAAGUCAUCUCCCAUGACUCCACCGCGUAGCGUGCAUGGGUCUCUCGACAGCCUCAGUGAAGACGCCGCGGAACCCCUGAGCCGUCGCUUCACCAUGGAGAGCCACACCAGCAAUAUCAGCAAGUCUGCUCAGCACGAGUGGAUGAAGAACGAGUCCCUCGGGGAGGUGACCGGUCUGCCGACCCGUGAACACUGGAAAGCGGACUCUGCUUCUUCCAACUGUGAUUCUCCUACCUGUCGUUCGUCGUUUGGUAUCUUCCUUCGUCGCCACCACUGCCGUCACUGCGGUCAUGUCUUCUGCGCCUCUCACACGCCUCACCUGGUUCCGCUGGACCAGAACGCCCGCUUCCACCCCGAAGGUGAGCCUUCGCGUGCCUGCGACCUCUGCUGGAGUGCCCACCAGCGGUGGGAGGAGAACCGCUCCGAAAGUCUGAACAAGAUCCAGAGCAACAUGGAUGCGCAGCAGACGGGUGUCGCUGUUCCCAACUCGGCCGAGGACGACACCAACCCCGAGGACCCCAAGGGUCAGACGGCCGAGGUCGCCGCCUCGGUGCCCCGUGACUGGAACUGGAGCACCUUCUGA